GGUGCAUCGAUCGAGAACCUUUCAUCGCUAACAGACACUGCAUUCCAGCUUCGUCUUUCUUUUCUCCUUGUACAAUUUGUCUAACUACGGGACACCGAAUCCAGCAGCCACUGGUAGCUUGACUCAGUCUUUAUUGCAUUUACUUCGUCCUUCGACUUCCCUGGAUUAGAAUUCGGGCAAUUUCAUUACCGACGACGAAGAUCAAUCAUUAGCAAAGAUGGAAUACCCUACCGAAAACCAGAACACAGCACCCGAGAGCGUCCAAGCUGCUAAGCUCGGCAGCACUCGCAGAGGUCCCGAUGCACAGAGUGUAACCAAGAGAUUGCAGACGGAGCUCAUGCAAUUGAUGACCUCGCCCGCCCCCGGCGUUUCAGCCUUCCCGUCGGCCGAUGGAAACCUGAUGUCGUGGUCCGCAACGAUCGAGGGACCAGAUGACACUCCCUAUGCCGGACUUACCUUCAAGCUCUCCUUCUCCUUCCCAUCCAACUAUCCCUACGCUCCCCCGACCGUGCUCUUUAAGACUCCCAUCUACCACCCCAACGUGGACUUCUCCGGCCGUAUCUGCCUAGAUAUCUUGAAAGACAAGUGGACUGCUGCGUACAACAUCCAGACUGUUCUCCUUAGUCUUCAGAGUCUGCUCGGAGAGCCGAACAACGCUUCCCCAUUGAACGGCGAGGCAGCGGAGCUGUGGGACAAGGACGCGGAGGAGUUCAAGAAGAAGGUUCUCGGCCGUCACCGUGAUGUCGAUGAUGACUAAAUUGUCCAUUAUACCCUUUAUCAUAUGUCCGAGUGGGCAUUUGGGAUCUCUCGGUGUGGAGAAUCGGAGUCAGUUUUUGCAUGGUUGGUCGAGUUAGACCGCUACUGUCCCGGCGCCUUGUACGCGGUGCAUUUACAGGUUGUUUUACGGCUGGGGAUAGCAAUUCCUUGCAUAGUUCAAUGAGAACACGAUAGCAUUAUCACCCACUUCGCUAGCGGCAUUGCCAUGAUUGACUUCUCAAGAUGUAAUGAAUGAUGCUGGGGAUGGACCUCGUAAACGCAUGUUCAAAUCACGUCGUAGCAAGUAGCAAAUGGGGUGAACAGACCAAACAUAUGUCGUUCACGGUUCUUGAUUCAUCAAUCACUGAAUCUUAAUGUAAUGAAGCCAGAAGGAACUCCGAAACCAUGCCCUUCUCGAACCCAGCCGGUAUCUCAACGAAACAUUGCUU